AUGACGACUUACGAGGACCGCCCGGGCCCUUUCACCCAACAGGUUAGAGGAGCCAUUCGAGCGAAUACGUCGAAACCACUGAAGAUUGACUAUACAGGAAUUGGAGACCCUUACCAGCAUCUACAGGCUUUCCGAUCACAAACAAGCGCCAAGGGAUAUACGGAUGAAGUGUGUUGGAAUUUUAAGGAGCUAGCUGACAAAUUUGUCGCUCGAUUCAUCUUACGCACUGAUGGGAUACACACACCAAAGGGCUUGUUAAAAGUCCAGCAGGGAGAAGAUGAAACUUUGAAGUCUUUUGUAAAUCGAUGGCAGGCGGCUACCGCUAAGUGCCGGGACCUUAAUAAGGAACUGGCUGAGCUGGCUUUCAGGAGGGGCUUAAGGCGCGGAGAAUUUCUCUACGGGCUCAACCAUAAUCCUCCAGCUAGCUAUGACGAGCUGAUGGCCACUGCCAUCAGACAUGCUCAGGCCGAAUUCGAGACUUACAGGGACACCCCCAGACCAGAGCUAAGAUUCUCCUCACCGACCUCGACUGUCAGGGAUGAAACACGAAAGAGGGAGUGGGUCCAUAGCCAUGAUAGGACACCCCAUACCUCGAACAAAAGAAGCAAAGAGUCCUCGUCCAGGUCAAACAGUUACGGGACCACCCACCCUCACCGGGAGCCGAGGGCACAGCAGGCCCCACGGACACCACCACGACCUCGGUAUGAGGUGUUCACAAUCCUCAACGCUUCAUACGAGACUAUUUGGAACGAAAACAAGGAUGAGAUACCGGGACCACCCCCAAGGAAAUUCCCGAAGAGUAAACUUACCCAGCAGGAUACCGGAAAGUUCUGCACUUAUCAUGAGGAUGCCGGACAUAAUACCAAUCUCUGCGUUGCUUUAAAAAAUACAAUCGAGUCCCUCAUCCAGAGGGGCAAACUUCAACGAUACCUACCUGCUAAGGAGAUAGGAGCUGUAAACGUGUACGGCCAGAUCUUCACGAUCCACGGUGGGGGCCCGAAAGAGUUGCCCCCCCAGGGGAGGAAACGAAAUUCUAGUUUCGGCCGUCCGGAAGUUUUCAACUUCCACAAGGCCCCGCAGCAAGACGGUGGCACCGGAUGGACAUCGGUGACAUUCCUGCAGGAGGAGGAGGCCGACCUAAGGAUGCCCCAUGAUGAUCCCUUCCUAAUCACGCUCCAAAUGGACCAUUAUAUAAUGUCUCGGGUGCUCGUGGACACCGGGGCCUCAGUUAGCGUAUUAUUUCGCGAUGCAUACAAAGCUUUGAACAGAAGAAGGGCCAAGCUGUCAUAG